AAGACUUUACCAAACCCCAGCAAGUUUCGACCUAGGUGUGCCGCUUUCAAGGUCGGACACCGAGUGGGCAUAUAUUGGGGAUGCAGGACUCGAAGAAGCGAAACGUAUCCUUCGCGAGGCGGUGGAAUAGCCGACAGAAUACGCGUCUUCGUUCAAGCAAGCACCGAUACCGGAAAUUCUCCUGUACGGAUAUCCAGCUUGUGACAAGUAUCAAAGGUCUCGAGUCACCGAAUAAGUAUAUCGGUACGAGCGAGAAGUCGGUUCGGGAUGUAUUUGAUAGUGUCUGCGGCAACAAGGUCAGAGAUUUCCUUGCGUCCAAGCGAAGGAAUCCAAUGGGCAAUUGGUCAUCCGGGUCUCACCGAUGCUGCGCCGCUGCGAUCCGGUCGCUUGGACAAGUCUGUUGUGCAACAUGCCCGAUUGUAACAUGUACAAUAUGCAAUUUUAUAAUUGGCAUUAGCGAUAUCCCGAAAGUGACGGAGGGGUUUUCCAGCACAAAUCUUCAAGCGCUCGCGUACAUGCCGCAAUCGAUGCAUCGCCGACCCUAAGAAGGUCUGGUUGGGUGGAUCAGGCGAGCAGAAGACGCUAUCGCGAGCGGACGAGUUUCAGAUGCAGGAACAGUUGUUUGCACCUUCAGCAGAUUAGGGCUUGUUGUGGACAAGGGUAAAACUACUGUUGAAGCUGAAAAGGUCGGCCAAGCUCCCUUGUCGUAGAUCUAUUGCAAGCGAUUGUCUUGUUCA